AAGUACUGCCACCAUGAGGAAUACUUUGACACAACAUCCAAUCCUUUCCGUUCACCGGUAGUGCCAUUCCAUUCUUAAUCACCAAUACCAACUCGUUGUUGUAGCAACAUAACCCUUUGGAACGCCGCUCGCUGGUACCAUACCGCAAUGACUGGGAGUAGUGACAAGCAAGAUCCACCCGUCCGGACUGCAACGGCGAGCAACACGGCCCAGUCCAAGUCUACGAGCAACAAGAGUUCCAUAGCGAAACGAUCUACGACGAACCAGACUCUUCCACCAUCGCAUCAUACACAUCGUCAUCCUCCUCCGCCGUUCCAUGCCUAUUCCUAUCCUCCUCCGUACGCGCCGUCGCUGAAUAUGUUUUCGUCUCCGCACGGUAUGGGGUACCCACCACCACCGCACGCUCCACCGCACCCUUCUUCCUUGCCUCCGCACGUUCCGUACCACGCCACGGCACCAGUGACCGGCACCGCCGCUCCCAGUCGCAGCACGGUCGAUUCGUACCACACGCACUCUCACAAACGACCCGUGCCUGCUGCCGCACUCUCCUCACCGACACCCAAAAAGCGUCCCUACCGGCGCACCAAACGUCCCAAAGGAUACUGCGACAAGUCCACCAUCACCACUACCACGGAAUAUCGGAAUUCCAACUCGUUGAACGUCUACGAUGCGGUGCUGGCCGAAUCCGACGAUCUCUUGGCGGCCGCUUCGGAAGCCCAGCAACUCGGGAGAUUGAAAAUGGCCUCGGCCUACUUGCUGCUCCUGCACGCACGUCUCGUGGGAUUGGGCAAGCGAUUCGACAAAGCCGAAACUCUUCCCGCAACCGAUACCGCACCCUCUUCUCUCGGAGACGACCACGUCGAUGCGCACCCCGACGAUCAAUCAGUCACGGUGCCAGAUACACCCGCCAGUGUAGCCUUGCCGCCGCUCGCAACCACGGCGGAACCGAUGUCCCAACCGACAACGCCCCGGUCCGUUCCGACGACCGCUCGGUCGGAAACGUCGGCUUCUACGUCGCGUAUCCCGCGACCACCAACGCACCCUACUCCUCCUCAUCCACUACCGUCAUUACAACCAGCGCUCACCUCCUCGACACCAUCCAACCCCACCUUGGCGACACCCAAAACUGCCGCUGCCCGACAACUGGCUUCCAUGCUACCCAAUCACAUUGAAAUGGAUCAGGCAAUGAUGGAACAUUUGGCCAAGGCCGCAGCCGAGCUGCACGCCGCACGGUCCGGUCGCAAACGACCAGACGUGAUCAUUGCUCAAAGUGCCGAUGUUUCCGAGUUUCUCGCCAACACGGCCAACCAAAAGGGUGUCGCCAAUGCCGCCACUACCAUCCACGGACCGUUGCCCUCUUCCAGUGAGGCUACUACCACGACCAAUACUGGCGCUGCUUCCACCGGCGUGGCGUGGAGUCAGAAGGAUGUGACCGCUUUGCAAACGGCGGUGCAAGACGGCAAGAAUCCGAGGCAGAUUGCUUCGUUGACGGGUCGUACCGAACAACAAGUCAAGGCCUACUUGCGUAACCAAGACGCCAAAGCCCGGGCGGCUGCGGAUCUGGAGUUGCCCGUGGCCGACACUACCGCACCCAAGAAAAAAGGCGGCCGCGGUCGCAAACCUGCCACGACCGCCAUGAAUACCGUCCCACACGCGUCUUGCGAUGCGCGCUCGUUGUUAAUGGGGCAUCUUUUGGAGACACAAAAAGACAACGCCAUCGCACAAACGCCGCCUUCUCCAUCCGCCAGCACGUCAGCUCCCGCACCAAUCGCACCGCAACCACCAAUGAUGCAACCGUUUUACGGUCCCUUUUCGGGCAUGUAUACACCCUACGGCUUCAUGCCCUCACCGCACCGGCCGCCGCAGCCAAAAAAGUCUUCGUCACGUACCGGCUCGGACGUCGCUCCCCCCAUCCUGGACAAGUCGGAACAGUGA